AUGUUCCAACGACUAGAAAUAUCAGAAAUAUUUAGAAGCGGCAUGGUAUAUCAUCUUUGUGGAGCCAUUUUUCUGUUUUGCUGCACCUUACGCUGUGCAUCUUUAAAUAGCAAAAGAUUUUCAAAACACAAAUGUUAUGAAGAUUGCCAAUGGAUCGAAGUAAUGAACAAGUGCAUUGACUGUGAAACUGGUUUUUACGGAAGAAACUGUUCAAGUCCAUGCAGAUAUCCGAAUUAUGGUAAAGCUUGUCAACUGGAUUGCUCACACUAUAACCUGGAGGAGUGCAAUUCGACACUUGGUUGUUUGUCAUCCGAUGUACCAACUAGUCAAGAUUAUAACACAUCAAAGGAAAGUUCCAUUCGACUUAAAUACAUCAUCAUAGGAUUAAUAACAUCUGGAUUUUUUGCAACUUUCAUUAUUAUUGCUUAUGUGUAUAAAAUGAAAAGACAGUCUUUUGAAAAUGAAAGGAAUUGGUCCUCAUUUGUGCAGAGACUUCGUUAUUAUUAA